AUGGGACCCCGCGAGUGGAUGGAGACGCCAAGCGUCGUGUUGGACGAGAAGCGUUUGCAGCGCAACAUCGAGCGGAUGCAAGCGUUGGCGACGGCAAACAAUUUGGCCUCUGGAGCUUGCGGUCUCACCGUUUCGAAGCCAUCCGAAGCGCUGAAAUUCCUGCACGGUGACGUUCCAGGUCUCAAGAGCUUAACUCUAGCGUAUCCAGUGGUACAGUCCAACAAGGUGCAAGAGGUUCUCAAGGCGGCGCAGGCAACUGGUGUGGAGUUCUUGCUGACUGUGGACAGCUCGGAAGGGGUUGAUGCUGCGCAGAAGGCAGCUGAAGCCUGUGGCUGUACGUUGAACCUGCUGAUCCAUGUUGAUGUGGGUUACCAUCGCGUGGGUGUUGAAGAGAAUGAUCCAAAGCUGCUGCAACUGGCGCAACGCAUUGACAAGACGAGUAGUCUGGAGUUUCGCGGGCUCUUGUCUCAUGCAGGGCAUGUCUACCGUUGCAAAUCGGUCGCGGAUUGCUCCGAAGUAGCAGAGACGGAAAGGCAGAUUAUGGUUCGCAUUAAGGACAAGCUGGAGGCGAACGGAAUCGCUGUUCGGGUCGUAUCUGUGGGCAGCACUCUGACGGAGCCUGCACGCAAGAGCUUUGCCGGAAUCACGGAUAUUCGUCCUGGAAACUACGUCUUCUUGGACCGCACUCCCGUGCGCAUGGGGCUGUUUUCGGUGCAAGAUGUGGCGUUGACUGUUCUGGCCACAGUCGUGAGCUCGAACCAGUACAAUUUUAUUGUCGACGCUGGGUCGAAAGUGCUGAGCUCGGACGGAGCUCGAUCGGCUGGUGAGUUCGGCUCGUCGUGCUUCGGACUCGCCUUUUACGAAAAGGAUUUUGGGCGUGUGGUCAAGGAGCCAAUUCAGAACAAGACUGUCCUUGACGACGGCGAAGAGCUCAUCUGUUUCGAAGUGACGAGCCUUUCGGAGGAGCACGGGUGGGUGAAGAAGAUCGACGGUAUCCCGUCUCCUGGAAUUGGUGAGCGCCUCGUCAUUAUUCCCAACCACUCCUGUGUGGUGUCCAACCUCACCAACAAGUUUUACGUCCAAGGCGAGCAGCCAAAGAGCUGGACGCUGUUGUCUCGUGGGUGCACACAGUAA